AUGAGGGAGAGUGAGAAGAUGAGAUCUCCAGCCGUUUCUCUCCUCCUCUCCUGCGGUCUGCUGUUCUCAUUGUCAAUGUCUCGCUCUCAGAUGCACAACGACACGGAGCCCGUGGUUCUGGAGGGGAAAUGCCUGGUUGUGUGCGACUCUAAUCCGUCCUCAGACGGGGGCGUCACCUCUUCAUUCGGGAUCUCAGUGCGAGCUCCGGGGGCCAAAGUGGCGUUCUCAGCUGUCAGGGGGACAAACCAUGAACCGUCCGAGAUGAGCAACAAGUCCAUGACCAUCUACUUCGACCAGGUUCUCGUCAAUAUCGGCCACCAUUUUGACCUGAAAGCGAGUGUGUUCCUGGCACCGAGACGCGGCAUUUACAGCUUCAGCUUUCAUGUCGUCAAGGUCUACAACCGUCAGACCAUCCAGGUGAACCUGAUGCACAAUGAGUAUCCGGUGAUCUCAGCGUUCGCAGGAGAUCAGGACGUGACUCGUGAAGCAGCAAGUAACGGAGUUCUUCUGCUUCUGGAGCGAGAUGACCGACUCUACCUGAAACUGGAGAGAGGAAACCUCAUGGGAGGAUGGAAAUAUUCCACCUUCUCCGGAUUUCUCGUCUUCCCACUCUGA